AUGGGUGACGAGCGUGCUGUGGCCACCACUCCACACAUCCACGCAUCCACACGCCUAAUCCACCCAUUUUCGACCAUGGGGAUUUGGGGAAUGCGGGUCAACCUCAGUAAGCCCUGCAAGAGGCCGGCGAGGGUCGGCCGAGGGAGUUACGAGGCCUGGUAA